AUGGGAACUUUAUUUUGGCUUUACUGUUUCCUAAUUCUAUAUUGCGUGGACUCAGCACAGCGAAACUUUCGAAUAGUCGUUGAUCAUAUCAGCACUAAGAUUUUCGAUACUAAGACCAUCGAAACUUUGGGUUGCCAAGUCGAUCAAAGUAGUAAUCGCAGCUAUGUAAAUUGUCAUAUGUUGCUAAAUCGUGAAGUUGGCAAAUUCGAUGCUCGAAACGUACUGGAUUUCGUUAGGCCAAAUGGUCAAGAAAUGAAGUUAUACGAAGGUCGAUUAGAUGCCUGCCUCCUACUGGGAAGUAUUCAAAAAAAUCGUUUAGUGAACAUAUAUUCCAAAACCUUUAAAAGAUUUUCCAACGUGGAGUGUCCUCUGAAAGCGAACUUCAACUACACCAUGAAAAAUCUUUAUAUGGACGAGCAGGAUUUUCCAUCAUUUGUGCCGUCUGGAACGUUCCGAUCCCUAAUCGAAUUUUAUCUUAAUCAAACUUUUAUAGCAUCACGAGCUAUUGCCCGCGGAAAAGUUAUGCCCAGGCUAUAA